AGUGUCCAAACGCAGAGAAAAACUCCUGCUGAAGCGACUGAUCUCCACACUGUUAUAAAGAUGGCGUUUAUUAAAGAGGAGAGUGAAGAUGUGAAGAUUGAAGAAACAUUCACAGUCAAACAGGAAGAUCUGCAGGAACAAACAGACCUGAUGGUGCUGAAAGAAGAGACUCAUCAACUGAAUGAAAUGGAAGAGAAACAGUUAGAGAAAAACCAAGAAAUAACAACUGAUGAAAAACCCACACUGACUAAAAAGACUUCAUCACGCGGAAGACCUCGGAAAUCCAAAUCUGCGUGUAAUUUUACUUGUCGUCAAUGUGGAAACCGUUUCAGUCGAAAAAACAACCUUCAAGUCCACAUGAGAAUUCACACUGGAGAGAAGCCCUACACAUGCCAACAGUGUGGACAAUGCUUUUGUACUAGUGGAAACUUGGUAGUGCACAUGAGAAUUCACACUGGGGAGAAGCCUUACUCUUGCCCUCAGUGUGGAAAGAGUUUUAAGCAAAAUGGCAACCUUAAAGUCCACAUGAGAACUCACACUGGAGAGAGGCCCUACACAUGCCAGCAGUGUGGACAACGCUUCUAUACUACAGGAAACUUUGCACAGCACAUGAGAAUUCACACUGGAGUGAGGCUGUACACAUGCGAACAGUGUGGAAAAAGCUUCUAUCAUGCAGGAAACUUGGCAGUGCACAUGAGAAUUCACACUGGGGAGAAGCCUUACUCUUGCCUUCAGUGUGGAAAGAGUUUCAAGCAAAAUAGCAACCUUGAAGUCCACAUGAGAACUCACAAUGGAGGCAGAAUGUUUACUUGCACACAGUGUGGGAAAAGUUUAGCUCAAAAGCAAGACCUUGAGAUCCACAAUAGGAUUCACACUGGAGAGAAACCUUACACAUGCACAGAGUGUGGUAAAAGUUUCAGAUGUAAAAACACACUCAAAUACCACACGAUAACUCACACCGGAGAGAAGCCGUUUGCGUGUGCUCAGUGUGGAAAGAGAUUCACAACUAAAGCUAGCCUCAUGAACCACAUGAAUGGUCACACUGGAACCAUAGUGUUCACAUGUGAUCAGUGUGGAAAGACUCUCACACGCAAAGACUCCAUUAGGAAACACAUAAAGACUCACUCAGGAGAAGAUCGUUUUAGAUGCAGUGAGUGUGGAAAGGACUUUAAAUGUAAAAUAAGCCUAAGCACUCACAUGAAGCUUCACAAUGGAGAGCAGAGUCUUUAAAAUUGAGGCCUUGUCCAGCGGAGCUUAGAGCUCUCUCCCAGGACAGCAUGCUAAACAAGUUUGAACUCUUGAAUACAUAUCAAGUUACUGAAAAUGAAACCCUUUGAACACCUGAAGCUAUUUUAAACUCAAUAGCUGAAGAGGGGUGAAGAUGUUUUUUGUAGUGUAGAUCAGGGGUCACAGCCCAGUACCAGGUUGUAAGAGUUUCAACUUUAUAAUGAACCGAUAAUCAUAUUUUUGCACAUUGCACACUUCCAUCAAAAGGUCGGCACUGAAAAGAAAAUUAGAAAGAUAAGGUAGGAGAAACUGUCCUCCACCCUUAGAUUGUAUUUUUGAUAAUUCACAUCAUUUGAUUGUCACUCGGGUGAACAAACACCGAUUUGCCUCCAGUUUUGGGCUUUUGUCUGCAAUUUCACAAAACUUGUGGGCGAAUGAAAGUGAGCGACUGAUGCAGACUCCCUAAAGCCCUGUUCAGACUACACAAUGUCAUUUGCCAGUUACGAUCAGAUUUGUGUCAGAUUAUGAGAAUUUGACUUGAACAAAUCUUGAUGUGUUGUGGGUAACAAAUGAAGACUUUGGUUUCAAAACACUACACAUUUAUUUUGAUUGACUAAUUUGAGAAAAGAAACAAGUUUUCUUUAUGAAGACAAUUAAACUUUCUGUAGAUAACUGGCUGCCUUUAAAGAUAUGUUCAUCUGAAAACUCCCACAUUACUACAAAUAAAUUGGUGUAUGGGAUA